CAUAUAAAGCCGCACCAGAUCCGGACCACCGGUGCACGACGCACCGGAUCGGAUCGUCACGAGCAGGCCAACGAGGUCGACAUCUCCAUUGUCAUAAAAUUAUCCUCACUUCUUUCAAAAUUCAAUGCAGUUUGUACCCACGGGCCCGUAGAUUCCCCGCCUUCUCCCCAUCUCCUCUAUCUCUGCCUGCCUGCUUGAUUUCGAUUUUCAUUUUUGGUACUUGUUGGGUUCCAAUUUCAAUUCAAAACCUCUAAUAUUUUUCGGAAUAAACUAUAUAUCCUCCUCGCAUUGGAUUUCUUGAGGUUUGAAUCUAAUUGCAAUUUCCUUCUUCUUUUUCCCCUAAUCGCGCAUCGGAUCAGUUGCGGAAGCCAAGGGCUGUAGAAGGCGGUGGUGUGUAUACACGCCUGAUUGUAUGUGCUGCAUAAUUUUAUCAGAUUGGGGAAAUGCCAAGCAUUGGUGUCAAAUUGUAUAGCGUAUUUUUCAAGUUUAUGAUAAAGCAUCGGUUGCAGAGCCGAUUACAGGAGGCGGAAAAUGACGCCGUUGGCGGCAGCGGCACAUUUGGGAUCACAUCGAGGCCGGAGGAAGAGACACCUGCGGCUGCCAAUCCUUCCUUCACAGAUGGCGUCGCCACCAAAGACAUACAUAUCGAUCCCACAACAUCUCUCUCCAUUCGCAUUUUUAUCCCCGAUACUUGUCUUUACGGUCCCGAAACCCUAACCAAAUCUCGUGUGGGAAAAUUGAGAGACGGAUCGGAUCCGACUCAGUCCCAAUCUCGUCGCAACAGUUAUGGAUCUUCGAAUAAUGGCCUUGUUUCUAGCAGCAACGGCGUUGCGGUUAAGCGCACCCAGAGUUUUGAUAACAAUCAUCGGAGAAAUAGUUAUGGGGGGAGCACAGAUGAUUCGAAUCUGAAAUCCGAAAGUGGGAGUUACCAGGGGUACAAUCCCAAGGGUCGAAAUUGUCGCAGACUACCCGUGAUGUUGCAGUUUCACGGUGGGGGUUUUGUCAGCGGCAGCAAUGAUUCGGUGGCGAAUGAUUUUUUCUGUCGGCGUAUUGCGAAGCUCUGUGAUGUCAUUGUGUUAGCAGUUGGGUAUAGAUUGGCGCCGGAGAGUAAGUAUCCAGCUGCAUUCGAGGAUGGUCUGAAGGUACUGCAAUGGCUAGCUAAGCAGGCAAACUUGGCUGAAUGUAGCAAGUCCUUGGGUAAGGGAGAAGCAGCGGAUCUGAGAAGGUCUGAUAGUAAUUGGCACCUGGCCGAUGCAUUUGGGUCGUCAAUGGUGGAGCCUUGGUUGGCUGCUCAUGGGGAUCCAACGAGAUGUGUACUUCUUGGGGUGAGUUGCGGAGGAAACAUUGCUGAUUACGUGGCGAGAAAGGCUGUCGAAGCUGGUAAUCGUAUAGAUCCAGUAAAAGUGGUUGCCCAGGUUUUGCUUUAUCCUUUCUUCAUGGGAAGUGUACCAACACAAUCUGAAAUCAAACUUGCAAACUCCUACUUCUAUGACAAGGCAAUGUGCUUGCUUGCAUGGAAACUUGUGUUACCCGAGGAGGAAUUCAACCUGGAUCACGCCGCUGCCAACCCACUAGUUUCUGGCAGAGGAGGACCUCCUCUGAGGCAAAUGCCUCCAACACUGACAGUCGUGGCCGAGCACGAUUGGAUGAGAGAUAGGGCCAUUGCUUACUCCGAAGAGCUCCGGAAGGUGAAUGUGGAUGCACCUGUCCUUGAGUACAAGGAUGCAGUCCACGAAUUUGCCACACUGGACAUACUUUUAAAGACCCCUCAGGCCCAUGCAUGCGCAGAAGACAUUGCCAUCUGGGUAAAAAAAUACAUCUCCAUUCGAGGUCAUGAGUUCUCCUAUUGAGUUUUACUGUGGUGUGUGUGUGUGCGCGCGUGGGGGAUAUAUUACGGUUCCUUCCUUGACUCGGGUUUUUGUUAUCUUCUUGUAUUAUAGAGAGCUUCCCUUCCUUGAUUAGGUCUUUGAGUUGAGGUUGUUGUACCCAAUUGAGUUUGGCAAGCCUACGUAACAUGGUUAUUCUUUGUCGACAUUCUUUGGUAUGUAACAUGCCACCGCCACUGCCGGCUCCCCGAUAUUCUUAUGGUAUAUAAUCAGUCCUCUGUACUUGUCCUAUAUAUAAAUAUGUAUGUAUUCCCACGACCUUGGAUUGAUUUAAUUGCAAAAAGGUAUGUAUGCAUGUGUAAGGGAAGGGGAUAUGCUUUUAUGUUUGAGGAAGACUUUUGUAGCUCAUUCAUUGUAUUGUUGUAUGUAUAACUUAACUUGCUAUUC